ACGAACUAUGAGUGAGGGCGUGGCCGGGCUGAAGGAAACUCAGAAUCUCAUCAGCAGCGAGCUACCUGCGGCGGUGGUGACCGCGGCUUCGGCUGUAUCCCUGAACGCCCCCGCCGUUCCGGCCAAUGUGGUGACCAUUCCGGUGCCCAUUCUGCAGUCGGAGGGCAAUUUUGCAUACAUCACCGUCAAGGGAUCCCUCCACGAUUACACUUGCACCAUCUUUGGCCUGAACCAGGCGGAAGUUCAAGCCCUGUCCAAGCGCUUCGAGAGCGGAGUGAAGGCCUGCGUCAAUGGUAUUAUGGUGGCAGUGCCGCCCAUGGUUAUGCUAAACACUCUGGCCCAGCUAAGCUACAAGGUUGUCUGCAGUUGCGGCGAGGCCGAGAUCUGUUGGACCAUGCAGCGUGAGGUCUAAUUUAGUCGACCGGAAUCACACUGUCACAUCGUCAAGCGUCAGACAACUGGAAACGAAGCACAAGGAAAGGCAAGGAAUUCGGAAUUGUAACGAAACUCUCGAAAUUAUCAGAAGGCUAAGAUGGAUCCCCACAGCGCGGACAACUGCAAGUGCCACAAGCAGACGCAGCCGGCCCAGCAGACACUUAGCGA